AUGGCCUCCCGACUAAGGCUGUCCUCAAGGACACCCUUCUCAUUACACCCUCACCUCUAUUCACCUUCCAACCUGCCCAGCUACUCCCGCCAAUUAAGCCUCUCUUCAGCCCUCCAAUACGCCAAACGAAAACCAUCCCCAUCCUCACCAUCCUCGCUACCCCAAAGCCCCCUCCGCUCCAAAAAGUCCCCCCUCCCCCCACCCAACAACUUCGUCCCCCCAAAACCAAAACUCUCCCUCUACCGCGACGACACCCCCACCUCAAAACCCCCCUUCACCCUAGAAGAAAACAUCCAACGCCACCGCAAAAUACCCCUCUACGGCGCCCUCGCAGUCGCCUUCCUCGCCUCCUUGUACAUCUCGGCAGUAGUAACAAACACCUUCAAAACCCCCCCCGUCUCCGACCUCGUCCCCCUCGACCCAUCCCUCCCCCAACCCCACCCUUCCUGCUGCCCCCCAACUGGCCUACCCCCCUCAUUAACCCCCGUCUCCGCCCUCGAAUUCGACACCUCACUCAACACCUCCGAAAGUCUCUCCCGUAUCACCGCCAACAGAACCUACCUCGCCAGCCGCGCCAAAGGCCACGUCUUGGAAGUAGCUUGUGGCACGGGGAGAAAUCUGCCGUAUUACAGCUGGGAGUAUGUAGUUCACCCGUUCGAGGAAUACUCCCCCGAGGAGCAGCUCGCCAAGGCGAAGAGUAGGAUGGCGAAGAUAUUGGAUAUUAAAAGGGGGAGUUCGUGGGGGUAUGGGACAAAGUCCAAGGUUACGGCUGGUGAGAGGAGGGUGGGGGGAAUGGAGGGUGAGGUUUUGUCAUAUACGGCGGUGGAUGUCUCGCCUGAGAUGUUGUCUGUUGCACGCAAUCGACUAAGGGAGUCGGUGCCGGGGUUGAGGCAGGUGAUGGCUAAGAAGAGGGCUGAGCCCUACCCAAAACUGACGAACCCUGAGGAGGUCGUGCCGGUGGUUGCUGCGCUGGAUGGGAGGGUUCAAUUACUGCUUGGGGAUGCAGAGGCGGGACUGCCAAGGGGGAGGGAGAGGUAUGAUACGGUUAUUCAGAGUUUCGGGCUUUGUUCGGUGAAGGAUCCACAGGGGUUGCUGGUGAAGAUGGCGGGGAGGGUGGUGCCCGGGACGGGGAGGAUUUUGUUGCUGGAGCAUGGGAGGGGUUGGUUUGGGUGGAUUAAUGGACUGCUAGACAAGUACGCGCCAGGGCAUUUUCAGAAGUUUGGGUGUUGGUGGAAUAGGGAUAUUGAGGGGUUGGUGAAGGGUGCGAGUGAGGAGCUGGGGGGGAGGUUGGAGGUGGUGAGGAUGGAUAGGCCGUGGUAUCAUGCGGGUACGACGGUGGUGUUGGAGUUGAGGGUGAAGGAGGAGGGGGAGGGGAAGUGA